GGUUCGUAAGGUAGCUGGGAAAGGACAAUAUAGCGAGAGUGAAGUAUAGCUUUCUGUUGUGGACUCCAAUGGCGCAGAGUACUCCGCCCCCUUUUGAUCCCAGCCAUCCGCCCUUGAUCGAAGGCUUUACGCCCAGCACCUACCAGCAUCCCGAAGAGGGAUUCAGAGAAAAAUUUCUGCGGAAGAGCCGCGAGAACCCGCUUGUGCCUAUUGGCUGCCUUGGCACAGCAGGAGCUUUGAUCUAUGGACUCAUCUGUUUCAACAGGGGCAACACCCGCCAGUCCCAAAUGAUGAUGCGGGCACGUAUUAUAGCACAAGGCUUCACCGUUGCUGCCCUAAUGGUGGGGGUGGUUGUUACAGCAAUGAAACCACAAAAAUGAACCUACAGCAAUAUGUAACUAUGCAGUGUAGAAAUGAGUCUUUCUGGCCUGGAGAAGGGCACUUGUUAAAGCUUGUGAUGUUUCACUGAUAUUUGUAGAAUGUCCAUCAGGUGCCAGAGUUCUAAGCAAAACAACAUUUAAUACAUGCAAAUGAUUCAACCUUG